GUAAUUGGUGACUAGUGAAGUUUUCUCAAAUCCACCAUAUCUCACCACGUGUCAUGACAUAAAACUCAAUACUCACCACCAAUUGAACCACUUGUCAACAACCUACACCCUCUAUGUUUCUCUUUUUAUACACUCUUUCAUCACUCACAUUUCAACACAAGACAAAAUCAAAAAGAUCAACUAAAAUUAUCAACGUUUAGUACUUUUUUUGUUACUACCACAAACACCAAUGGCUUCAGAGCAAGUAAGAAGAAAAGAUGACAACAUUAUUGAUGAACAACAUCAAAUCCAAAUCAAGAAAACAAGAGACCCCAAAAGAGGUAGUGGCACUGCUGCUGCUACUUCUGUGAAAGUACAAGUUGGAAGUGAUUUUCACCUUGCUGGUCCUGGUGCAAUUCAUGUUACAAAUGAUUCUGAUAAACAUUCUUUUGAAGAGAGGCCAGGAGGUGUCAAGUUUGAAGUACAUAGCCAGAGACACAAGGGUAAUGAUAAUGUCAAAGAAUUGGCAAGUCAUGGACUUGGUUCCACAGGUGCUUAUGCAACAUCAAAAGGUGCACAAGCCAAAGAUAGUAUGACACAUGGUGUUCAAAGUGGACAUGACUAUGUUGCUGAUAAGACUGGAGCUGCUAAAAACACAACCCUCAAGAAGAGCCAGCAAGGUUACUCUCCAACUAAAGAUACCCUUACAAGCACAGGACAAAAUGUAGUUCAAUCAGCACAACAAGCUAAAGAUUAUGCUAAAAACACAGCACUUGACAAGGGUCAUCAAACUUAUGCUGCUGCCACAGACACCCUUUCAAGUGCUGGACAAACUGCAGCUCGAUCAGCAAAGAAGUCAAAAGACACAGUUCUAGACAAGGGUCACCAAGCUUAUGCUGCUACAACAGACACCCUUUUAAACACAGGACAGACUGCAGCUCAAUCAGCAAAGAAGGCUAAAGACACAGUUCUUGACAAGGGUCAGCAAGCUUAUGGUGCUACUACAGAUACCCUUUCAAGUGCUGGACAAACUGCAGCUCAAUCUGCAAAGAAGGCGAAAGACACAGUUCUUGACAAGGGUCAGCAAGCUUAUGCUGCUACUACAGACACUCUUUCAAGUGCUGGACAAACUGCAGCUCAAUCUGCAAAGAAGGCUAAGGACACAGUUCUUGGUAAGGGUCAGCAAGCUUAUGCUGCAACUACUGAUACCCUUUCAAGUGCUGGACAAACUACAGUUCAAUCAACAAAGAAUGCAGCAGGUUAUGUUGGGCAGAAAGCAGUAGAAGCGAAAGACGUCACAUUAGAAACGGGAAAAGGAGCAUUGGGAUAUGCAGGGGAAGUAACCGAGACUGUGAAGGACAAAGCUGCAGUGGCUGGUUGGGGAGCUGCACAUUAUACAGCAGAGAAAGCUGCAGAGGCCACAAAAGCUGUGGUUGGUGUUGCUUCUAAUGUUGCAGGGUACACUGGGGAAAAGGCGGUGGCCGCUAAGGAUGCAGUUGCUGGCACUGGAAUGAACGUUCUCGGAUAUGCAGAGAACAAGUUGGCUGAUGCAAAGGACUAUGUGGUUUCAACUGAAGAAAGUGCAGCAGAGUAUGCAGCUAGGAAGAAAGCUGAAGCUGAGAGGGAACUAGAAGCUAAGAGAUCAUAUGACUUCAAGGGAGAAACUGAAAGUGGAUUCAUUAGUGGGAAAAAGCAAGAAACAAAGUGGGAAGAAGAAGGAAAUGAUGAUUUUCACGAAUUCGAAUCAGCAGGAGGAGAGGAAAACAUGCAGCAACAGAAGCAAGGAGGAGGACUGUUGAAAGCCAUUGGUGAAACUAUAGUGGAGAUAGGCAAGACAGCCACAGAUCUUAUUGCUGGACGUGGACAUGUAGAAGAAUCAGUUAGCAUGGAGAAGAAAAAUCAGCCACAAUAGAAAUUUUGAGCAUUUAGAGCACAUCUUAGUUCUUUCUGUCUCAAAGUGUUUUUUAGUUCUUUCUUUCUCAACCCUCCGUGAACGUAGAAUGCUUUGUGCAUCAGGUUAUCACUUUCUUUUUGCUUUUUUCCAAGGGUCAGUUUGAGGGGGGCCUAAUUUUUAUGGGCCCUGGAACUUGUUUUUGUGAUUGCUAGCAAAGAUAGAAAGAGCUAGUAUCCUCCUUUUUUUUGUUGGAUCAUCUUCAGGUUGUUCAUCAA